CCGUUGUUGAAGAUUAGAAAGAAACGCAAGAACAAANAGACUACAAGACACACAAGACUUAUAGGAAAAGUGAAAUCCUUAAAUUCUGUUCACCCACCGAUUUAAUAUGGAUACAAAUAGCGUAGCAUAUUUACAAACCGUGCAAGAUAUUGCACCUUCAAGUGAUGUGGCAUCGUUGGUGCAGUAUGAUACUAACACAACUCGUUAUAGAUGCCGAAAGUGUAAUAGCAUUUUUUAUCGUGUUAAAGACUGGGCAUUACAUAAUUUUACGUAUCAUUUGCAACCUAAAUAUAUGUGUACUCAUUGUGACUUCAGAUAUCUGUACGACAUAAAAGACUUUGUGUGUCAUAUGCUAAGCGCACAUGCUAUUAACUAUUUUUGUUGUUACAUAUGUGGAAGCUUGUAUUGUAACCAGGAUGUUUUCUUGCUACACAUGCGCGACUAUCAUGUAUCAUAUUUCCCGGAUUGUUACGGUGGUCGAUACUUUUAUACAUGUCGUAAAUGUACACAACGGCGACGUAUGAUCAACAUCGAAGAGUUACUUUAUCAUCACAGAACCAGACAUGUUAAGCUCAUCAGGUUUUGCUACAUAUGCGGUAAAAUCGUACAUAGAGACAUACAGCACCAUUUGACUCGCCAUUUUAUCAGGAAAUUGCGCAAAUGUCCACUAGGAAAUUGUAAUGAAACAUGUCUUACAUUGAUCGAUCUCAGGGAGCAU